AUGAAGCCGAGUCCGGGCGGGACGGCGAGGGAGCUGGAGCCGCAGGCGCCGGCCCGGGGCGAGCCGCGCGCCGUGGAGCCCGAGGGGCGCUGGCGGGAGAAGGGCGAGGCGGACACGGAGCGGCAGCGCACCCGGGAGCGCCAGGAGGCCACGCUGGCCGGCCUGGCGGAGCUGGAGUACCUGCGCCAGCGCCAGGAGCUGCUGGUCCGGGGCGCCCUGCGCGACGCCGGGGGCGCCGGGGCCGCUGCGCCCCGCGCCGGGGAGCUGCCGGGGGAGGCGGCGCAGCGCAGCCGCCUGGAGGAGAAGUUCUUAGAGGAGAACAUCUUGCUUUUGCGGAAGCAAUUGAAUUGUUUGAGGAGAAGAGACGCUGGUUUGUUGAAUCAGUUGCAAGAACUUGACAAGCAGAUAAGUGACCUGAGACUGGAUGUAAAGACGUCGGAAGAGCACCUGGAGACAGACAGCCGGCCCAGCUCAGGGUUCUAUGAACUGAGUGAUGGGGCCUCAGGAUCCCUUUCCAAUUCCUCUAACUCGGUCUUCAGUGAGUGUUUAUCCACUUGUCAUUCCAGCACCUGCUUUUGCAGCCCCUUGGAGGCAACCUUGACUAUCUCAGAUGGUUGUCCCAAAUCUGCAGAUCUCCUCCGACGGCUGGAAUUUAGAGAGGGCCAGUGUGAGGACCAGGCCUCGGGGGCUGUGGGCCGCUCCCCGUGUCACGCCCUUGAUGUCAUUGCGGAUGUGAAUCCCAAGUACCAGUGUGAUCUGGUGUCCAAAAACGGGAGCGACGUGUACCGCUACCCCAGCCCGCUCCACGCCGUGGCCGUGCAGAGCCCCAUGUUCCUCCUGUGCCUGACGGGCAGCCCUCGGGAGGAGGAGCGGCUCGGGGGCCCGGCCGCCGGGGACGCGGGCGCUGGCGCUGAGCCCACCAAGGCGGACGGGUCCCUGCCGUCGCCGAGCGGCCUGUGGCCGGCUCCCCAGCCUUGCGCCAGCAGGAAGAUGGACGGCUACAUCCUGAGCCUGGUCCAGAAGAAAACGCACCCUGUAAGGACCAACAAGCCCAGAACGAGCGUGAGCGCCGACCCCAUGAAAGGGCUCCUGAGGAACGGGAGUGUGUGCGUCAGGGCGGCCGGCGGCGGCUCCCAGGGCGCUGGGGCCACCCAGAAGGCUCCCAGGCCGCCGUGUGCGCCCUCGGGCGGGCUGCCCUCUUUGGACCACAGCGGGGCACUCUCUCCACCCAAGCAGUGGGCGAAGGAAUCCAAGGCAGAACAACUGGAAGGCAAGAGGCUGCCCGCGCCGGAGCCGGGCGCUGCCUCGGAACUUCAAAGCAAGCACCUGCCCCAAAACGCCAAGCCGGCCACGCAGGAGCCCCUGAAAGACACCGCCCCGAUCCAGGCCGCCUCACCCACGGACAGCCCUGCCAGGGGCCCGGCAGCCCUGCCGGAGAGCAAAGCUGCGCAGCCCCUGAAAAAGGCGCCGCAGAAAGCUGGGGCCCCCCCGGCCGCUGCUGCGCCCCCGCUGCUGCCCACAGCCUUCCCCGUGGAGGACAGGCCGGCCUUGGACUUCAAAAGCGAGGGCUCCUCUUCCCAGAGCCUCGAGGAGGGGCAUCUGGUCAAGGCUCAGUUCAUCCCCGGGCAGCCGCCGGGCGUCAGACCCCACCGGGGCCACCGGAGCGCGGCCGUGGCCAGGAGCGCCACGCUGAGACACCGCGGCCCAGCCCUGCAGGGCCUGGAGAGCGGGCUGCCCCCGGUCCGGGAGAAAACCCGGGCGGCCAGCAAGAAGUGCCGCUUCCCCGACGACUUGGAUACAAAUAAGAAACUCAAGAAGGCCUCCAGCAAGGGGAGGAAGGGCGGCGUGGGGCCGCCCGACGGCGGUCUGCCCGCCAGGCCCCCGGGCAGCGGCGGCGCGGGCCACAGGGCCGGGAGCCGGGCGCACGGCCACGGCCGGGAGGCGGUGGUGGCCAAACCGAAGCACAAGCGAACCGACUACCGACGCUGGAAGUCCUCGGCGGAGAUUUCCUACGAAGAGGCCCUGCGGCGCGCCCGGCGGGGUCGGCGGGAGCACGUGGGCGCGUACCCCUCGCCCGUGGCACUGCCCUACACCAGCCCCUACGCCUACGUGGCCAGCGACUCCGAGUACUCGGCCGAGUGCGAGUCCCUCUUCCACUCCACCGUGGUGGACACGAGCGAGGACGAGCAGAGCAACUACACCACCAACUGCUUCGGGGACAGCGAGUCCAGCGUGAGCGAGGGCGACUUCGUGGGCGAGAGCACCACCACGAGCGACUCGGAGGAGAGCGGGGCCCUGAUCUGGUCGCAGUUCGUGCAGACGCUGCCCCUUCAGGCCGUCGCGGCCGCGGACCUCCACCACAACCCCAGGAAGACCUUUGUCAAAAUCAAGGCUUCCCACAACCUCAAGAAGAAAAUCCUCCGCUUCCGGUCGGGCUCCCUGAAACUGAUGACCACGGUCUGAUCAGGGAGGGUCGUUGGUGUAGACGGUGUCUCUCCCCCACCGCCCCAGUUACCGAAAACCAAUAAAAAGGUGGCGUCUGAAUUUUUGUGUAUGACCCUUAUGGAAUGCUUUUGUUAAGGUAAAACCAAGGUAAACGCUGUCUCCUCCUCCUCACUUAGGGACGCUAGUGCCUUUAAUGGAAGGUGAAGAACGUUUUGCUAGUUAGAAGUAAACGUUGAGGUGUUGAUGGUGGUGAUAGUGGGUGAGUUCCGUGGUAUCAGCUGAUUUUUAUGUCAUAAUUUCUGAGCAUCUGUCAAGGUACAGGUUUGGAUGUUGGGUGUUCUUGAGAUGGGAGUUUUGAUGCUGAGGUCGGGUGGGUAGCAUUUUAGGACAUAAUGUUUAUUCCAUGAUGUGUUAGGGCAGUGUCUCCACCAGGGUUUUCUGGUCGAGGGUGCUCACAUAGGAGUUGUGUGAAGUAGGUACGAGAGGCAGUCAUGGUUUUCUGGCAUUUUUUACACGUUAUCUCCAUUCCAUUUUGUCCUCUGAACUCUUCUGUUUACUGGACUCAGAACUUGCAAGACAGAACCCUACAUCCAGAGAUGGUAGCCUGGGUAGGGAGGUUGUUAGUACCUUAAGAGGAUUUUCAAAAACUCUUGCCACACUUGGUGCCUAGGCCCUGGUUGCAAUAACCUCUUCUAGGGCCAUUUAGCCAACGUUUUGAUGCCUUUCUCCCCCACCCUAAUUUAUAGUUGAUGGAACCGUUUGUUCCUUGCAGGGCUUGCCUUUGGGAUGAAAUUUUGUCCCUGGGUACAGAGAAAUUCACUGUUACAAGAAGAACUCUUGGGAGUGCCUCCAAGCCUAGAAUUGCUCACUAAGCACUCUGCCUAAACAUAUUAGUGCAAUCCAGCCCAGGUUGGACCACUGACCCUAUUUGGAAGGGCUUUCUUUUUUUUUUUUUUUUUUUUAUAAAAAGUGUUUUGGUAAACAGUGUUGUGUAAAAUUGCUUUUUUUAUAUACCAAUAUAUGCAUGUGUUGUGCAUGAGUAGUAUUUGUUUUGAUAUUCCUGUUGAUGUUAAAUUACUGUAUGAUAUAAACAGUAUGUGUUUUUAUAUAUCAUUGUGUAAA